UAGCAACGGUCCUUGGAUACGAGCAGGAGGAAACGCGCUCACUGUGGCGGACUGACAGCAACAUCAACAACAUGGAGCCUCCGCAGCGGGCGGCAGCGUCUCCUCAGUCACCAGCAGAUGAAGAUGUGAGUCCGUCUGUUGGACAAACAUCCACAAACCAACUUGAAGCUCAAAGUCACAGUGAUGCGAAUCAGGACCAGAGGCAGCCCAGGCUGGAAACAGAUUGCAGGGAGCUUCAGCAGCCGUUGGGACGCUCUUUUCAACCAGAAUUUCAGGACAGUAACCUGUCUCCAGCCCUCUCCCUGCUUCCUGGAGCGGGACUCAACUUCACUGAUUAUUCUUUAUUCCAACAAAGUGACAAUGAAUUUGUCCCUUUAAGGGCAUAUCCAGACAUUUCCCUGGCAUCAGAGAGGUUUCACUCUGCAUCCCAGGAUCGCACCACUCAGGCCUCAGAGCAGGACUCACUGUCCCAGCAUCCUUUGGCUCAGGUGACCAGACUGUCUGAAGAAGGAGUGAGCAGCUGCUGUUCACUGUCCCAGCACAGUUUGUCUCUAACAGAUAAGCACAGACAAGAGGAAACUAUUCACUCACCACUGACUGACAAACAGAGAGUACCAGGGAGCAGAGAGAACGUCUCCAAGACACUGACUGACCCGUCAAACAAGUCAGCAGGAGAAGCUGCUGAAAAUGAGACGUUCUUCCUGAGUAAGGACGUUCCUGCUCAGCGUCUUCUGGAGCUCCUUCAGAAAGAUAUCGGUAUGCCAAGCAGCAGCAGCAGUGCCGUUUCUUCUGCUUCUGAAACCUCUGUGAAGGCAGCUGCAGUGUCUCAAAGCCUUGAAGUUACCAAACCACACACUGACCAAAGUAUGUUUAGAAGAGAGGGUCCUCCAGGUGAAGCUUCUCUUCCCCAGCAGCAGACACAACAACCUGACAGAGAUUCACACUCUAACCAAUCACGAUCAUUGUCGUCUGAGGUCUGUAACAUCACCACGGGGCCUCGCAGCACGAAACCUGAUGACAGUAGUGAAGCGUUACACAGAGAGCUGCUGUCUGAGGUAGAGAAGAGCAGCAGCCGUGAAGCAGCUGAAUUUGAAAACCAGCAGCUGAAAAGCUCCACACCACCUGGUCAGUCCCUCACACCGCAUCCCACAGCAACGUUUGAAGGCAAGCCCAGUGUGACCAGAACAAAUCCAGGUGGGGUGCCGUGGACAGGACCAUUUUCAGUAGGUGUCUUGCGGGGUCACAGAGAACAGGACCUUUGGUCCUCAGGGAACCAAACAGGGAUCGAUGGGUCCUACCUGGGUUUCCUUCCACAGUCUCAGUCCACUCCUGGGGCGUUUAAGGCCCCGCCCAAGUCCAGCGUCAAGGCUAAAUUAGGGCAACUUUCUGCCAUAGAAUCCAAUAAAGAGAACUCAUAUCAGUCAGGGAUCUCUCCACAGCCAGCUGCUCCUGUGGCUGAUGUCCAUCUCCCAGACAUAGUAAAUCAGAGCCAAGAGGAAGCUACCUCUGCAAAAGUCCAGUCUCUCCCAAGUCUCAACUUUAUGCAGAAAGUAGACGCCUGGAGGACAAAUCAAAGUUCAGGAAAGACAUCACUAUUUGAUAGUUUAGCACUGCAGGGAUUCUCUGGCAUCUCUCCCAAAAAGAAAGCUUACGAUGCAGUAUCUGACUCCCUGAAUCGCAUCCUGAGUCAGCAGGCGAUGAGUUUACAACAGCCUCCUGUUUCAAUUGCUGCCAACCAGGAUGUCACACAGAGCUCCUCCACGGCUCCCUCGGGCUCUUCUUCUACAAGAAGAGGGGAGGCAGUGGGCAGCGCUCCCAGUGACAAAGACAACACUGGUUCUGCAGCAAGACCCUCCACCUCGUCCUUCGGCAGGUCACAGUCCCACUCCUCCCUCAGUACCGUGGUCAUGUCAGGUCAGAAAAAUCAGCCAGUGGAGAGACCUGCAGAAGAAGAGAACAGUCAGACUCAGGACGAUGUCCGUCACCAGCCAGCUGCCACAGUUCAACCCGCGGCUCGCGUGAGCCUCAGUCAGUUCAGUGACGUGUCGCUUGAUCGAGAUUUGACACUCUCAAGUUCCCAAGGUAGUUACAGCAGUGGAGUUAAAUUAGGAACUUCGGUCGGAGCGUCUUCUGCUGUCAGUCUAGAGGUCGAUAACUACGCUCCUUACUGGACGUCCAAACUAUCAACACCACCUCCUGUGCCCAGGCCGCGAGAGCUCAACAUUGAAGAACGAAUUCCGUUGUAUCUCCAUAACCUGGGUAUUGAACAGUCUCCCUCAACAAUCUUGACUCCAUUUGUGCCCAGAGGGCCAAUCAGAGAGCCUGAAUUCUCUCCCACUGAUCUCUGUACAAUUAAAGGAUCUGUUGGAACCCCGACCAAGAGCACGCAGCCCUCUGAAGGUGACAGUCCCCAUAAAGGAGAGUUUUCCAGGUCCAGCAUUCUGUCAGUGGACUCCAGUAUGUCCAUACCACUGAGCCUGGACAGUCUCGGUCCAGGUGUAUCUGUCCCAGAGCGGACCACACGGGCUUCUCCCUUUUCAGACACAGAUGAUGCCCAGAGUGAACGCAGACUGGCACGCUCCUCCCCGCCCAAUGAAGACUUGUAUCCCUCCACACUGCAGACCACCCAGCAGGAGCACAUGAACAGCAGCUUAACCAGCAGCCAGAACACCAUCCAGCUCGGGGACAGGUUUGACUCUGAGCCCUCGGUAGAUACUAAGGCUAGGUGUGGGGACAGAGACUCAGACUCAACCUUACAAACGAGCCGUAGUUUGGAGCGAAGUGCAGCAGAUUCUGUCGUUAGCUCCAAAGCUUUGUUGGAGAUCCGUAAACUUCUCUCUCAGGCGGAGAACAUGGUGUCUACUGGGUCUUCAGGGGGCUCCUCACCCUCCCCUGCUGCGCCUCGUCUACUCUCUGAUGAGGACAUCUUCCUCUCACUGAGGAAGAAAACCAGCAGGCUCCAGGACUCCUCGUUCUCCUCCUUCUCUGCAACUGUGGAUCCCAGGACUGGAUCCUCCCCGCUGUGGGUGAGGUCCUCGUCUGACUCCAUGUUGACCUCAGAGAGACUUAGAGAAACCUCUAUUGGUCGAGAGAGUGUGACCUCACCAGGGCAGCCUCAUUAUCCAUCCACACAAGCUCUCAUUACCACAGGUGCAUACAUUAGGCCACAGGAUAGCUCUGUUGAUAGAGGUGCAGGGUCGUCCCUCGUCCUCUCCCAGUCAGCCCGACGUGCAGAACCUGAGGGCUGCAGCGCUGCUCCUCCUGAUAACACAGUCCCACCACAGCCACCAGUCAGCAAGCCUCUACCAGGUUUGAGUGCACAACAGAUCCCCUCUACUCCUGCAGACUCAGCAGGUGUCUCAGACAACGACAGAAGUCCUGCACAGAGCACAUCCUCCUCACCCAUCCAAGAGGACAGUGAUCAGGGCGUGAUGAGUGACGGGAGCAGUGAGAGCUCGCUGGCAGUCAGAGUGGCCAAGUUACUGCAGAGUGAAUCUCCGGCCACUAUGGUGUCCAGUACACCCAGCGUCACUGACCAAGAGGAGAGCAAAGCCAGAGAGUGGAUCAAACUGAAGAUAUCAGGACAGCAGUGUGAGCCGCUGGAGUUGGACAAAGAAGACAGGAAGCGGAUUGAAGAGAUCAAGAGAGAGCUGCUGUUGAGAAACCCUCUGAAGAGUCAGGGGAGCACAGAUACAGAGAGCAGUGCAGCAUCCAGCGUCAGAGUCCACAAGGAGCAGGUUCAGCUUCAGCCAACGGACACAGUCACUGCCUUUCAUGACUCCAACAACCAGCCGUCCCAGCCGCUGCAGCGCCUCAGCUCUCACAUCCCCUCAGAUCUCUCCACUGACUCCAGUGUGCAGCUUCAGAACCCUCCUCGUCCAGAUCUAGAGGCUCAGAUACGUGAGAUCGCUGCCAGAGAAGGGGUAACCCUCGCUCGGACAAACCCUCAGGCCCUCACGUCUAUCACCAUCGCCACACGCAGGCGCUCCACCUCCCCCUCUCCCUCCACGUCUCCUGCACCUCCCAUCAGUCCAGCACCUGGGCUGCUCCACCUGGCUGAGCUCUCCACAGGAGCACCUGAACAACCUAAAGCUAACAGGCAGCUUCCCUCAACCAUAGAUGAAGAGGAUGAGGCAACCAGAGACCCGGCGUCAGUGUUUGAACCAAGCAGUAGUCUCAGUAUCGGAAACCAAAACUUGACUUCUACGAGGAGUCAGAGGAGGCAGGACGCUGUAGGAGGCCAGUUUGAAGAGCUGUCAAAGGAUUUAGGUGGAGAGGAUGUGAAAGCUAAAGAGGACAACACACAGUCUGUAAGGCGAGAUGGCGAGAUAUCUGUCCACGACAGUUCUGUUUCUGGUGCUGUUCACAAAGCUGAACAGACCACAGGUUCGUCCCCGACCAGGACAGGUCACGUCUCACAUGUCCACCUCACGCUGUCCCCCAAAGCCACUGACGUCUUUCCCAGUCACGCUGAUGCUGUAACGGGGCUGCCACGUAAAGAAUUCGUCCCCCUCAGACACUCCUCUGCUGCCACCAGCCCGGACGAAGGCGUCGGGUUGUCCAGUCCGCCAGAGUGGUACGACACCAGAGAUCCAAUAAGACUGCGGCGGCCUGAAAGAGCCGACACCUCCACGCUUUUCAAAACCACCGUGCCUCGGGACAGGAUGAUCUCCACGUCCACGCAGUCUUUCACACCACGUCACAGAGUUGUUGUGUCACCAAGACCCUCAACCACUGAAGCACCAGCAGUGCCUGUCCUGUUGCCUUACAAACCACGAGGCAGUGAGGAGGUCUUCUACAUCCCUCAGACAGAAGCUGACGUCACCUCCAACGACCCCUCUGACACCACCAUGGAGAGCUCCCACACAGGCUCAGACGACGCCGUCCCCCCACGCUUCAGCAGCGAGGUCCUCGGGCACCAAGAUGCUGGGUUGGACCGAGGCGUCACCAUCAGACACUCAGAGGGGAUCUACAGCAAGAGGUUAAAAACAGCCACCUUUAAAAUGAACGAGCCCAAACACGGAGGUGCUCCUGUAUCAGCAGAUGGAACCUCACAAACAACACGUGUUACUGGAACUCCAAAAACAUCUUCUCAUGAAUCAGCUGCCGUCACCAGAGUGCCUUCAUCCAGCAGCCGAGGAGCCUCCAAGAGGGACCAGGGCACCAGCCCAGUCCACUUCCCCAGUAACGAUCAUCCAGAGCCGAGCCGUGUGAGAUUUCAGCCAGUUCAUGUGGAUGUGGACUACGACAUGGCGAGCCAUCACCUGGACCAAAGCUCUGCUCUUCAGACAGGAGAGGAGCGAGACGAGGUGAGGAGAGACUCUGACCUCUGUCACCCCGCCGCCCAGCAGAGCAGCAGCACUCUGGACCAGCUGUGGGAGCGGUUCUGUGAUCAGUGGAGCCUGGAGGAGUCCAGACCGACCAGCGACAGAGAGGCGUCGCUGCUGCAGCGGCUGGAACGCCUGUCCCGUCUUAUUCGGAGCACAAGAGGUGCUAACAUGUCAGAGAGGAGGGGAGGAGAUGCUCCAGAGAGAGACGGAAAGAAGGGCAGUGGAGAGGUGAAGAGGAGCGGAGGUGGUGAAGCCAGAGGAGGAAGAAAGGUUGAAGGUAAACCUCCCGUCCUUCGUCAGGCCUCCACACAGAGGCUGCAGGAAACUUCUCAACCUGCAGACGAGGACCGCCGAGACUCCUUCACCUCCUGCUUCUCCCAGGACUCCUCUCAGAGUCCACACCUCUGUCCUGCAGACCGGGACGAGUCAGAGACCCUGUCCUCCAUGUCUGGCUCCAUGUCCACCGUGGACACAGCGCGGCUGGUCCGAGCCUUCGGCGCCCACAGGGUCCAGAUCCUGAAAACAAGCUCCAGCCUCAGUAAACUGUACAGCACCAUCAACAAGCAGAAGGAAGGGAGGGAGCGGAGGAGAGGAAGAUACAAAGAGCCGCCUCACAUCAUCGCGCUGUCAGAGACCACCGUCACAGAUGAGUCCACGGUUACUGCUGAUUCUGCAUCAUCAACCAGCACUUACACGCUCCCGUCACACCGCGGCCCCUCCAGGACGCUGGCAGCUAAGAAGGCCGUUAAACUGGUCAGCAGAGGCAUCCAGGCAGGUGACCUGGAACUCGUCAGUAACGGGACUCGACGACACACUAGAGACGUUGGAACCACCUUCCCUUCACCUGGUGAGGCCAGAACUUCCAGGCAGGUCUCAUCUUCCUCAUCCAGUUUGGACAGAGGAAGAGGAGGGAGGAAGAGCCCAUCUAAGAGCCAGGACUCACAAAAACAGAGGAAGAGCAAGAGGACCCCACCAAAGACCUACCCUGAAGGUGUGUCAUGGUUCAUUGCUGCUGACGAGCUGAAGUCAGAGGCGAGGAAGGAGAACCGGCCGGAGGAAGAGGAGUCGACCUGGAGGCCGAGCACCGCCUGGUUUGAACCGUACAGCCAAACCCAUCCGUGGAGAGAACCACUCAGACAGAGACAAGUCCACCAAGACAGAAACCAACCUCAGCCUGAACCUGAUGUAGAUCCAAGAACCAAAACGCCGUCCUCUGGUCUGACACGGAUCUCUCUACAGGACGCUCUGCUGAUGCGUCGUCCAGAGUUCAUCUCUGAGUCGAGGCAGAGGGUGAAGCGUCUGGCUCUGCAGGUGGAGGAGAGGAGGCUCCAGGCUGAUUUCAGCAGAGAGCGCGAUGAACUGUUCAGCCGGCCUGGAGGACCGGGGAGGCUGCCGAAGCCUGCAGGCACCGCUCUGCUCAGGAGAGCUGUUCCCAGGAAGGAGAUGAUCCAGAGAUCCAAACAGAUUUAUGAGAAUCUUCCGGAGGUGCAGAGGAGGAGAGAGGAGGAAAGAAGGAAAGCAGAGUAUCGAUCUUACCGACUGAACGCUCAACUCUACAACAAGCGGAUCACUAACCGUGUCCUGGGCAGGAGAACAGCGUGGCACUGAUCAAACACACCUGUCAAACUUUUUUACUGUAGAUUAAAUCAAUGAUGUGAAAAUAUUUUUACAAUUUCUGUAACAUUAACAACAAGACUACCUAACUAAAUUUAGCUUUAAUAUAUUUGUGACCACAGUUUUAGUUUGUAUUUUAAAGAUUAUGUAGAAUUCUUUUCUUCGUACGAUCAGUGACCUGUGUUAACUGGUUAAACUUGAAAAUGCCUUUUCAUGUAAAAAUAAACUAGAUUCUUUAUCAUUUUUGCUAAAUUCCCUGUUUUGAUUGAAGACAGUGAGGCUGACGAUACACUGGCUUUAAUGUCUUUAUUGAUCAGUUAUCGGUUGUGCAAGAGCAGGAAGCCACAGGAGGAGAAGGUAAGACAAGUUAGACAAGCUGCAGAGUCAGAACAUCAGCUGCACAGAUAAAUAACACCAUGAAUAAAUAACACACGUCCUUCUGUAACUACAGCUGUGUAGAUGCACUAUGCCCAUUAAUUAAAUUAAUCAUCAAAUAAAACUUCAAGUCAUGACGACACUGUAAACAUAAAUACUCUAACAGAUCAUUAAAUAAAAUAAUUAACAUGGAUUAAUAAACUAAAAGCCUUUUAAAAUCAGCCGUGGCAAACGUGGUGACGAGAAACAAAGAUUCUUUGGCAAAGAUGAAGUUUUGCUUUAAACGAGGUUUGAUCGGAUCAAAUCAAACAUAAGGCAGGUGACCGCUCUUUACCACGAGGCUCUCUGCAGGUUUAAGGCUCGGACGACGUUUGAAACUGCAACAGGAAACAGAACAACAGUAACACACACGUCUCUGGAUUUUUGUUUUUCAGUAACUUUACCAAAACAACCAGCGUGUCUUUUUUUUAUACCGAGCGUGUAAAAGUAGUCAGCUCACUGGAGUUUACAGCACAAGUGUAAUAAAUACUAAAUAAUUUAAACCAUCUAACGCUUCAUCUGAGUUUUUAAAUAAACAUGAAAAAUCUGCAAAACAAUUUAAUUUAUCUGCAUUUUACACAGUAAAUCUUCGAGGUUUUUUCAGCUUUUCUUCUGUGCAGUCCGCAAAGUUUCAAUCAAACCACAGAGCAGAACACAAAAUCCUAAACACACACACACACACACACACACACACACACACACACUGGGGCCAGACGCAUAAAACUCGGAGCAGAUUCACGCAAUGUUUUCGUCAGAUCCAUAAAGCCAGAUUAUGUUUUAUGAAUCUCAAUCAAUUUGGUGCACGAGCCUCAUUUCCACACCCAAAAUUUCCCAUAAACGGAUGUAGACACACCCUCAAACAUAUUUGCAUAUCGAUACUUGUGCCCCUCCAUCACUCAUCAGACUUGUCAAUGACAAAUACGAUGAAUAAGGAGCAAUGUCACUGAUGGUGUUGCAUUGCUGAGUUUCUCCAACGGUGCCAGGGUUGACCGGUUUGGCAAUUUGUAGUGUUCGUUCCCCUAAUUCAUCACAUCUCUGCAAAUCAUCAUCACGGGAGAAUCUCAAUCAUUGUGAUCAUUAAACGUCAGAGUGAUGAUCAAUGAUUCAUUCGUAGUGCUCAAGUUCAAACUGACUUUGCAAAGUGCUUCACAGGAUGAUGAAUGAUCACUAACAGGGAGAUGAAUGUAAAAAAAAUAUGAUGACAUGUAUCACUCAAAUUAUUAAAAAUUAAAUAAAUGUGCCUCGUCAUAUCAUCGCAGCUAUCUUGGCCAAAGCCAUGUGCACGUCUGGUCUGACGUCUGUGUGACGUGCACAUUCUUCCUUCAUGAAUACCGGUUUAUAUGUGAGAAAAGGCGUGGGCAUGUUUUUGUGCGUACUUGUCCUUUAUGCAUCUGGCCCCUGGAGUUUGCUGGCAUGUUAACUUCAUCACUGAAAUGUUUUUGUCGUCAGAUCGUCAGUGAAAUAAAGUUCAUCCAGUAAACUCAGCGUGCAGGACGUCGUCUCCUCUGUGGUCGUUAAAUGUGCAAAAAGUCUCUUUGAUCAAACCACAGUAAAACUCCUGUAAACGGACAAAUCUGAUAUUAAUCUGUUUCAUUUCUAAAUUACAUGAUCCUUACUUCCCUUUAGACAGAUAUAAAAAUGGAGCACGCCACAGCGACACCUGAUUAAAGAUUUACAACACAGUCAUGAUCCUUCUACAGUAAUACUGCGUAGCUUUAACAGUGAUAGAAACACGGAGCGACAUCCAAUGUUCUGAUAGAAACCACACUGUGCAGGUUUCACCCCGGGGCCAAACACCAGUCUGAUAAAACUAAACAACAGAACAUCAGGGCAGCAUGCAGCACCGCAGGUACAAGGAUAUCCGCUACUGUUUAUGGCAACAAAACUAAACGCAGAUGUUUCAGUUGUGAGAUCUGUGAUCGCCUCACAGUCUGUAAGUUACAACAUACAGGGCUGUAGGUGAGAGAUGAGCAGUCUGAUACAAGUCACUUAAGAAAAACUAAGACUCGGGGUUCCCGCAGGUCCUUGAAAUCCUCGAAAGUCUGAGUUUGAGGGGGAAGGAAUCAAUUUUUCAGCCUCAAAUGUUUUUAAAAUAGACACUGGUUAUUCAGUGCACAAGAAUAGAAAUUGAGCCUUAAAUUCUCAGUGUGUAACAGUAAUUAAUUUUGAUCUGUGUUUUAAACUAUGCUGUGUUGGGCCCUUGAUUUUGAGGGAAAUGGGCCUGGAAAGUCCUUGA